ACAAGACGCUGCUGGCGGAGAAAAGUCCCGACCCGGUUUGAAACCCGAGCAUUUUGUCUCUGGCGGUAUUUAAAGCCGGCGUCGGUCCAAUCGCGGUUCUCCAGAACCGGACCCGGGUCUUGGGUCCGCCGUGUUGUUGUUGUUUUUUUUUUCUUGGGUCGUGUUUUGGCGGAGCUAGCACUAGCUGUUGCCAUUAGCCUCUCCGGAACCAGACCGAAUCUUCUGGACCCUCCCGGACUUCUGCUUGGUGUGGCCCGGAUAACCCGAACCCUGGGCGGCUGGUCGGAGCAGCCUCCUCCCACCAUGGAGGCAGGAGGUAAAGACUGCGAGGAGGAGACGCUGCAGACCGCCUUCAAGAAGCUGAGGGUCGACGCUGAGAGUUCGUCCGGCGCCGCCAACGCGUCUGACGCCUCCACCCCCAGAGCGCCGUCCCGGCUGUGUCUGGACAGCAGCAGCGGAGCCAAGGCCAAACUCAGCUGCCCCAAGGACACCUGGCACUGCUGCACGAGGAAAUCCUCCAGAGGGACGUCGUCCAGAGUCCAGCGCCGCCGCCGGUCCAAAUCCCCCAUCCUCCACCCGCCGAGGUUCACCUACUGCAGCGGCGCCGCCUCGACCCUGGCGCCGCCCGCCGGCUGCCUGGCGCCGCCCCGGCUGGUUCUGUCUGAGCCCGCGGAGCCUCGGCUGGCGGCGGAGCGCGUUCCCGCGGCGGAGCGCCCGUCCUCGGCUGCGCCGGGCCGCGGCUCACCCGUGCUCUUUGGCGUCCGUCCCAGCUACGACACGCAGGCGGGCGGGGCCGGCUCCUCAGCAGGGGGCGCCGCCGCCGCCGCUCCGUCCCCCCGGUGGGACGGCGGCCGCUCCGGAGACGUGGGCUCAGGUCAGGAGAGCGGCUCAGACACGGGUUCCUCCGACGCCGCGGACUUCCGCGCUCUGUCGGAGCUCCACCGCCGCAGCUCGGUGGAGGAACCCCGGGGCGCCUGCCGCUGCUCCCGCACCGGGCCGCCGGCGCCCGGCGAGGAGGGCGAGGCCGACGCGGGGCCGCCGCGGUGCCGCUGCGGGGGGCGGGGGCCCGGCUGGAGCGGCGUGGAGGUCUACUCGUUCACCGGGCUGCGCAGCGUCAUCUCAGAGUGCGAGGGCGGCCCGUCGAUCCGGGACGACGAACCCAGGACUGUGAGCGGCGGCGGCGCGGCGUCCUCGCCGCUGGCGUCGGGCUCUCCUCGCUCGUGCUCAGAGGAGGCGCGGGGCUACGUGGACGACAUCACGAUAGAGGACCUGUCCGGCUACAUGGAGUACUACCUCUACAUCCCCAAGAAGAUGUCCCACAUGGCAGAGAUGAUGUACACUUAGAGACCCGGGUCAGACGCGGCGGGGCGCCGUCAUGGCGUCCCGCCCCGCUGUCUCUUCAGGGUCGUUUGUUUUCACUCUGUCCGUCACUUUGUUCCCCAGAUUCAAAGGUUUACACGUGGCGCUGCCAAAGCUCUGAGCAGCGGGACUCUGUCUGCGCUGCCUGGCUCAAUAAAGACGCUGAAUGCUCUGCU